AUGCAAAGUCGUGAUCAUUCUCUUGACAAUCGUUUUACCUUGUCCUCGACUUGUACCGACCCGACGACAUCCAAAUCGACGCGUGCUCCUCCAACGUCUGCCAUCCAAAGCCUCGACGAGACUGCCCGCAAGAAUCCCUUCCCAGAGACGACCAGCGACUCCUUGGCUUCGCAGCUCACCCCGCUGAAAUCGGCCACGAGGCUCAACUCAACUGCCAGAGGUGCUCGUGCCCUACCUAGAGAUGGAGUAAUUGUGGACAACUGUACAUCAGAAGCAGAAGCUGCAGACAUUUCGAUUGGGGAUGCGCCGAACAGAAUGGCUCAACGCCGCUCCAGCUACCCCUUCUCUUCGACGCAUGAUCAGUCGGGCAGGGGCCAGCCAGCGUGGCAGAGCUCGAAAGAAGCAUCUCAUAGCUAUGAACCAGGUACUACCGGCUCUGGUUCCCAUGCGGCCACAGAACAGAAUCUGUCACCCAAUUCCAAUGCUGCCGAGUUAGUUCACAGCCCUGCCGCACUGGCUACGUCACAGCAGCAACUCAAUGAAUAUCGCGCCAGGUUAGCUAGAGACCUCGAGAUCCGCGAACUUUCUGCGAGGGGCCUACUCAUGGCGCAAUCAGAAAAGGCUCGCUUCUCUCCGAUACUGGAGGAAGGCAUUGGAGUGUCUUCGCCGGUCUUCACAGCUGCGCUCACCACAACCUCGACAGAGUCUGGCCAUACCGUCCGUGGUGGCAUGACCCCAGCAGCCAUCGCACACACGCCGUCGUAUCCCUUUCCAAGAAUGGCUGGAUUUGCUCCACAUCCUCAAAUACCGAAAUCAAUGCCCUACCUGUCAGCGAGCCCUGCCUCGCGGCAACAUCAGGCCCAAUCGCCCGUGGAAUAUCGUGGCCUACUGGAUAAGGUUUUGUCAGAGACAUCCACGCCAGCGUCGACCUUUAGUUUUGAGCCUCCAGGUGGUCCGGAAAACUCCCAGAGCUUCGAUUUCCCCACUCCUAACCUUUAUGAUAUGUCUUUAAUGCUGUCUGCCGAACCCGGGUUAGACGCUUGGUGGAAUACAGUGGUACAAAUUAUGAGAGAUAUUUAUAAAGCAGAGCGAGUGACACUGGCUGUUCCUGCCGACACGACUGAUAUUGAAAAUGUUCCCUGGGGCCAAAAAGCCACGUACAACAAGCAUCAAGAAGAUGAGCUCAGCAUGGGCUACAUUGCCAAGGCUAGCACCGCUUUGCAAAGUAGUGAUUAUGAGGCUUCCGACAGUGCAGCUGCCUUUGACGAUAAACCAACGCACCCUACAGCUGCGGCUCUGUCUCGGCCGGGAUUGAGGAGUCGACACUCGUUCACGGCCUUUGAGGAAAACAAGCAAAAAUCGCUAGAACAAACUCCCAUCGUGCCGCCGAAAAGACCAUCCAACCUGACGAGAAGUAAGACUCAGUAUCCAUCACCCCGGGUGGUAGCGGAGCUUCGUGAUGACUACACCAAGCUCAACAAGGACGCCUUGGACGAGCACGACGCCGCCGCCGAGGCACAACAAAGGAUCCCCAGUUGGGAGGCUCCAUUUAUGGCUCGCUACGAGGGUCAGGGUCGGAUUCUCCCCGUCCUCCAAGCGUUAGAUUACGAAGCAGACCCGUUGAUUGACCACACCGGUAUCGUACGAGUGCUUGAGCGAGGCCGGCCCGUAGCUCUAACUCGAACAUACCCCUAUCUCCCUCGAACGAAAUCCGACGCCGAACAAACCGGCGAGCAAAAGGCCAGCUCCAAAGGAAGCAGCACAGACUCCAAAAGACCAAAAAGGCAACGCACGGAAUCGGUGUCGAAGUUGUCAACCAUAUUUGCGGGUACGACACGUCCCAAAGGCAACCCCAGCGACAAGACCAACACUACGCCAAUAUCAUCGUCACUCGACGAUGAAGAUCCUCGACCGCCAACCCCAAAGUACGAGGAGUACGAACAGGCACCUCCUUCUCCAUGGUCUCAGUCACCAGCUCCGUCACCCGCUGUACGAGCUGAUCCCAAGGAAAACCCUUUCUUCACUGAUGCGAUGGUGGAUGAGGAUUCUUUCAAUCCUGGCUCACCUCCAGUCAGCUAUACAGGAAUGCGUCCACCGGAAGCAAUCGGUGUCGACAACUCUUGGACAGUCCUACACAUACCUCUAACCCAUGUGCUCCUCUCCAAGCCAUCGCGGACAUUUAAACUCGAUGCGACUGCCCUCGAACAAAAAUCGCAACUGCGAAGCAAGGACGACUCCUCACCCAACCGCCAUGGACCAUCCGAAGCAGACCGAGUCUCCCCAGAACAAGAAAAGGGAAACCGAUCUGCCCCCAUUGCUGUUCUCUCCAUUCUCAGUCCCAUAAUACCAUAUCCGUCCAACUUGAGGCACUCUUUAGAAAAUCUGGCACCGCACAUGGCUACCUCAUUUUCACUUUGCCGUCAUUACAGCAACCUGGAAACUGAACUGGCUGGUAUUCAGCGUCGACGUCCUCCCACGGCAGGAUUUGGUGCCGUUGCUCCGUUUGGAAGCCAUGUAGAAGGUGGCCCGUUCCUGGCUGCUGGACAACCACCAGCGCAAAACUCUCUCGGUGGAAGCAUUACUAGCCCUAGCGACUACUCGGCCAUCUCGAAGAGUACGACAGCAUCUCCCAUGGCAACUCCUGGAUGGGAACAUGGCUCCCUUAGCCAUCUCAUGGACCGGAGACAACCUCUGGGUAGCCCUUCCGCAGGCUCUCAAGCGGUAGAGAGCUACUUCGCGACCAAGCAAAAGUUGGCGCCCAAGGAGACGGCGACGCCUGCGGCUCAACGGUCACGAACGACUUCCAAGGACAACUCCCCUGGCGAGAAGAGGCACUCGUUUCUCUCUGGUGUUCGAUUUGGCAAUGAGGCAUGUAGCCCCGAGCAAAUCAUGGAAAGAAGCUAUUUUGAAUCUGAAGACAGCACCGGGACGAAAACCCAGAAGGAAACCACUUUAAAUACUGGACAUGAUGGCGGAGCUUCUGACCCAGCAAGCGACGUCCCUCUCACCAGGCCGGGUGGCAGUGUGGACGACCGAGGCAGAGCGGACCCCAGCCAACCUCAACAUGGUCAUACUGUACUUCAUAGCUAUGGGGCUGACUUUGCAUCCACUUUCCAGUCCCUGCCUCCGAGCUCUAGUCUGUCAUCCAGAUUGCCAACAACUCCCGCCGCACCACCGCGGAGCGGUUCAUUGACUUCCAUGGCGGGGGAUAUGCCACCGCCAUCCGAUAGAUUGAAGGGGCUUAUAUUAGACUCGCUACCUGCCCACGUCUUCGUCUCUUUACCUCAGACCGGGGAAACGGUUUGGGUCAAUAGUCGCUUCUUGUCGUACCGUGGGCAAACUGUGGCAGACUUGUCCGCUGACCCAUGGGGAAGCAUUCAUCCGGAUGACCGAGAGGGCUAUCUCAAAGCUUGGGGCCAUUCGCUUCGAACGGGCGAGCAAUUCUCUAGGUCUGUUCGUAUCAAGAGGUUCGAUGGUGCAUACCGGUGGUUCUAUGCUCGCGCCGUGGCUUCAAAGGACAAGCGGGGGGUCAUCAUGCAGUUUCUAGGGUCGUACAUGGAUAUUCAUGAUCAGCAUAUUGCCGAGCUAAAAGCCGCUCGACAAGCGGAAAUUGAGGCAUCGGAAGCAAAGCAUCGGCUACUUGCCAAUCUAAUUCCACAAAUUAUCUUCACAGCCACAGAAGAUGACGGUAUCACUUUCGCCAAUGACCAAUGGCUAUCAUAUACCGGACAGAGCUUCGAGGAUUCGCUGGGCCUUGGAUUUAUGGACUAUGUGCACCCUGAUGAUUUGGCAAGAUGCCGAAUUCCAAUUGAGCGAGGAGUCAAACUUUCAAAUGCGCAAUCCCCACCAGAUGAAAAGGGCCACAGCGGAGCAUCAUCGGCAGGAACACAAACCACACCAACUGCGCGAAAUGUCAGCCAGACCUUGCAACAGCCGGCUGUUGGAAAGUCGGGGCUACGGAGCGUCCAACCUGCGCUUUCCAGGGCCAGCAGCUCCGGCAGCGAGUCUAUCUACUCGCUCCCAUCUGCCGAGCUCACAGAGUUGGCGAGGAAGGGCAUCAUCAAGGUGACUACAGAUACAAGCGGUAGACUGUCGUACACCACAGAAGUUCGACUUCGGUCAAAGACUGGCGAGUACAGGUGGCAUCUCAUUCGUUGUGUCGAAAUCGAUACACUCGAUUUUGGACAGGGUGCUAGCUCUUAUUUCGGAUCUGCAACCGAUAUCAAUGACCACAAGCUCCUCGAGGCAAAACUCAAGGAAGCCAUGGAGUCCAAAGGUCGAUUUUUGAGCAACAUGUCUCACGAAAUUAGGACACCGCUAAUUGGCAUUUCGGGCAUGGUGAGCUUUUUGCAGGAUACGACAUUGAACGAGGAGCAGCGAGACUACACCAACACAAUCCAGACCAGCGCCAACAGCUUGAUUAUGAUCAUCAACGAUAUUUUGGACUUAUCAAAGGUCGAUGCUGGUAUGAUGAAGCUGAAAUACGAAUGGUUCCAUACUCGGUCUCUAAUCGAGGACGUGAACGAACUUGUCUCUACAAUGGCCAUCGCUAAACGCCUCGAGUUGAACUAUCUCGUCGAGGCGGAUGUACCUGCAUGGGUGAAGGGUGACAAGGUUCGGAUUCGGCAGGUGCUGCUUAAUGUCAUUGGAAACGCUAUCAAGUUCACGGCCGAGGGUGAGGUGUUUAGUCGAUGCAGGGUGUACACGGAAGACGACCCUGCGGUUCGCAGUGACAAUGAAAUUAUGCUCCAGUUCGCCAUCACGGAUACCGGCAGAGGCUUUUCAAAGGAAGAGGCAGAAUUGAUCUUUAAGCCAUUUAGUCAAAUCGAUGGAAGCAGUACCAGGCAACACGGCGGAAGUGGACUUGGCUUGGUCAUUUCGCGACAGCUCGUUGAACUUCAUGGAGGCAAAAUGGAAGGCACCGCGGUUCCUGGUCAUGGGUCAACCUUUACUUUUACUGCACGGUUUACAUUGCCUUCACCAGAGGACCAUCCGAAUAUUCCUGUCAGCCCAGGAUCCACAGCCUCUACGGGAUCAAGACAAGGAUCGUCUGAGAACGUCAACCGAUCGACCAAGGGACUGUCUGUGGUAGAACAAUUGCGCAGUAGUCCCCAAGAAGGAAUCAACCCGAAAGGAAAGGAAGCCAAUCCGAGCCCCGUCUCGCCCAGUCAGCGUGUCAGCCCGGAAGCAUCGUCAAGUCGUGCAUCGAGACAUCAUACGGGCUCUUCCCCAAAUACAUCUGUCAAUGCUGGGCUGGCUCGAUUCAGCGAGGCUGCCAAAGCCAGUGGACAGGAUCUCUCCCAGAUGAAACUGGAGAUGCCUUCGGACAGAGCUUCGCCAUCACGAACAUCGACUCCAGAGGCCAAUGCUCCUCGACCAACAAGCGACUUGCGUCCACCUCUGUACUCGAUCUUAAUUAUCUGUGCACAGCACCACAGCCGUGAAGCGACUGCGCAGCACAUCGAAAUGACGCUGCCCAAGGAUGUCCCUCAUCAAAUCACAGCUAUCGCAUCCAUCGAGGACGCGGAACCAUUCCUUGGCGGUGAGGAUCCCAUCCGAUUUACGCACAUCGUUCUUAACUUGGCUUCAGCCGAGGCAAUCAUCAACGUCAUGGAUGAAAUCACAAAGUCGCAGAAAAUUGAAGGAACAACCAUUGUGAUUCUCUGCGACUCUGUGCAACGACAGGCUGUUCAGAAAUUGGCCGCCGAUACAAAGCACGAGCGUUUCCUGUCGGAAAAUCUCGUGACGUUUAUAUACAAGCCGGUCAAGCCGUCGAGAUUUGCUGUCAUUUUCGACCCUGAUAAAGUGCGAGAUCUUAGUACUGAUAGAAACCGAUCCACUGCGCAGCAAAUGGUUGAAAAUCAAAAGGCCAGUUACCAAGAGAUUGAGAAGCGCAUGGGUAACAAGGGGUACAGAGUACUGCUUGUGGAAGACAACCCUGUGAACCAGAAGGUGUUGAACAAGUAUCUGAAGAAGAUUGGAGUCGAAGUUGAGGUUGCCAUCGAUGGUGUAGAGUGUACGGAAAUUGUUUUGUCCAAGCCGCAUAGCUACUACUCCCUGAUUCUUUGCGACCUACACAUGCCGCGAAAAGACGGCUACCAAGCGUGUCGCGAGAUACGAGAGUGGGAGAAGGCAUCGAAUUUGCCUAAGCUGCCAAUUAUUGCACUGUCAGCUAAUGUAAUGUCUGACGUGCAAGAAAAGUGUGUGGCAGCGGGAUUCAGCGACUACGUGACAAAACCCGUCGACUUUAUCGAUCUGAGUAGAGCCAUGGCCAAAUUCUUCUAG